GGGGCUUCCUUGCUGUAUAAUUACCAGUGCGCGCUUACAAGGCCUAGAACUGGGCUACCCUGAGAUGGCUCAUAAAAGUUUCCUUUGUAAAGAAGUUUUUUAGAGAAAUUGUUUUAUGCAAGUUGAUAUAACUUAAGUUUUUAGCGCAUAUUACGCGAAAUAGAAGUAUAUCUCUUAAACAUGGUAUAUUUCAAGCUGUUGCGGAAACCCUUCCAAUUAUAAUUACCCUUCGAAUUUAUAAUUUCGCGCGCUCCAACGAGCGCUAAAUAAUGUGAUUAAUGACGUCAUCAACUAAUUAACUGCAAUUUGCUACAUUGUUGAUUCGUAGUCAUUCGUCAGUGAAUAGUCGAAAUGAAAACGUGAAUGUAAAAAUUGAAAAAAAAAUGUCGGAAAAUUUGUUGAGGAAACCGCAUUCCAUGGGCAGCCUUUUGCCGCCAAAUUACACGAGUGAUGAGGGGAUGUUUGAUCUGAACAUGCCACGAAUACGUCCCGCGUGGUUGAUGAACGAGAGCAUUAGAAGUUUAGACAGUAAAUUUCCAAUGGUACCUGCGCCCACUGGUUCCAUCAUUUUCUACACGACACCGCUUGCCGAAAAGCUUUGUCAACAGUCGAAGAACAGAGAGUUUGAUUUGACUGAUCCUCUCAGACCAAGUCUCUCUUACAACUGUCUUCACGACGAGCAUCUGCAGGUGUAUUUCAAGUCAAACGACAUCAGAAAGAGAUUAUUGGACGAUGGUUUCAUCACCAACGAUGGUUACGUGAAAUGCUCUUUGAAGGAAUUUAAUGAAUACAGGCAGUGGAUCAGGAAGUUGAAACUGGAUGAACUUCAUCAAGCGAGAAGACAGGAUGAGAAACAGAUCGAAGAUGCCAAAAAGGAAAGGCUGGAAAGAAUCGCCAUGGAAAGAGAUCCCGAGCUCUUGGAAAUCAUGAAAAGGAGACGUGAGAAGAGGCGAGAGCAGGCGAAGAUCCAUCAUCAACACAUCAAGAAGGAACAGGAACGGGUCAGAAAGUUGGAGGAGAUUGACCGUCAGCGGCGGGAGAAGUUUCUGGAUAUGAGAAUGAAAAAUCGUGAUCGUAUUCAGAUUAAACGAGAUCUCGAGAGAGAGCGAUUAAGAAAGACGAAAUCUGAUAACGAACGUCAGGAGCACAAAAUCAAGCUGCGGAUUGUGAGGAAAAUGAACAAAGAUAACGAUGAGAGAUUGAAACAUCUUGAAGAAAGGAAGAACGAAGCUAAGCAAGUCAAAGCUCAGAAGCUUGAAGAGCAAUGGUUACGUCGCAAAAGUUGGUCAGUUGAACAUCACGAGCAUCAGAAUCAACUUAGGCAAUUUCAAAACCAAGAAUUCCAACACAAUGUUGAAGAAAGGAAUGCGAAAGUUGCGAAGCAACGUCGCUUAAGUUUAGUAUCCUACCAGGAAAUCGCCGAAGCAAACCGACGAGCGUUUGAAACCCAGCUCGAAAAUGCCGAAGUAUUUCUCGCGAAACUCAACCACAAAAAGGCAGAAGAAUUAAAAGAAUGGAGGAAGAAAUUCGAAGCGAUGCAAAAAUUGUCCAUGACAACUUUAGGUAGCGGUCCGAACCAGUCCAUCAUAAUUAAGAAUAUCAAGAAACGCGCAAGACGUCAAAGUGCCUGGGACCUAGAGUCGUGUUUGCUGAAAGACCUCGGAAUAGCCGAGAAGGAAAUGUCGGAGAACGCUUACAGUAAGAUCGGAGUAAUAUCUCGGAUCGACGAACGUAACUUUGCUGGGGAUAACAAGGGAGCUUUAGGAUCGCUGAUAGAAGAUGAUGACGCCGAGGGACAACAGCACAAUAAGGAGUUCCGGUUUUCAAUCCCGACGAUCGUUGAGAGCUUGGCGUCAAUACAGGAGCAGUCGUCGGAUGAGUCGGACUCGGACAGCGAUUAUUGCCCAUUCAACAAUAUCCCGAGUGUAUUUCGAUUCAAAAGCCAUCAUGAUUUGCAGCCAAUAUCAGACUCACCGGAACUCAAACCAAAUAGCCACAUUCCCGAAGGAGAAAUGCGCGUGCUCGUGAAAGAUUACGUACAAGGCGUAUUGCAGCAGUCCGCUGACGUGCUUGGUGUCGAUAUUAAGUUCCAGGAAAGACUCUCCAGAGAGGAAAUUCCGAGAAUUAAUGAUGUCAAGAGAAUUCCCGAACUUAAAACAGUGGAGUUGGAUACGGACGGCUCCAACAUGCGAUCUAAGGUGAAAGAAUAUCUCUCGAGUAUCUUAGACAAAGUCGAGGACAAAAUUCAGGUGACCAUCAAACGUCCUCCAGAAUACGAGAAGAUUAAACAGGACAGAGAACCAUCAGCUAAAACACCUGUUGAGACAUCCGUCGACGACAUCAUUGAUUCCAAACUGCACUACCACAACAAGAGAAACGUUAUUCGCCUGUAUCUUUGCAAGAUCCUCGAAGACGCAGCUGAACAGAGCCAGGUCAACGUGACGUUCCCGCCUCAAUACCAGUCCUUUGCAAAACGGUUGCACAGGCCUCGGAGAAAAGCACCCGGCGACAAAGGUUCCUCGAGUGAUGCCGCAUCUCAAAUGGCCGGUCAGCACACGGUGGUUUUGAGAGCUAUCGCAUGCGGGACAGUGGUGUUAGAGUCUGCUGAGAGGAAGGCGUCGAUGACCGUUUGUUCUCCAGAUCUCGUCCAAGAUAUUAAACGAACUGCCUCUGAAAUUGAAACGAUGAAAAAUAAAUACGACAAGGUUCGAGCAAAACGUCUCUUUCACGAAAACCUCAUCAUGAUAGCGACAAGAACUGUAGUCGAAGCUCUUCACCAUGCUGUUGUUACCGUACGCUCUCAGAGAAGGAAUUCAGAUUUCUUCAUGUCAGACUUGCCUAAUCUUCGCCUCAAAGACGACCCUUCGCCACCGAGCAAAGAACAAACAGUUUUGUUGAAGCGACAGAGAUCCCAGCAUCGCCGUGAGUCCAUCGAAGCAAAUCAAAUUGAAGCGGUCCCGCGCGAAAUUGACUUUCUUAGUGAGGUGUCUGCAAAAAAAGGCGGGAAAAAUAUGUCGUGUCAGGCGACCACGCAGACAAACAAGAAAAGUAAAAAGGAACUCUCUAAGUUCCAAGAGCCCAAUACACACAGCGCGAACAAAAAGACUGGAUCGGAGGGUAAACCGAUUCCUAAAACCGGUAAACAAACUGGGACCAAGAAAGCUGACAAGAAGAAGGACACCCAGAAGACUGGGGACCUGUCCGAAAAUAGCGAAGAGACUGGGAAGCUGCAGGGUAAAGUCGAGCAGCAGAUUGGUGCGAAUAAUCAGAAGGCUAGUUCAAGUGACGCCAUCGAGGUGGUUGUCACGGAGACAGAGAAUAGUGAAGCACGUAUACAGGAAAUUGGACAUGGGAGUGAAAAUGCUGGCGAUCCCAAAAUUAUUGGGGAUGAUCUGAAGGGUACUAUGGAACAUCUAAGCGAUGAAAACCAAACGCAUAAUGAAAGAAUAUUAAGCAAUGGAGGUCAAUUAGGUGAUGAUGGGAUGGAAGCACCUGUUAGCACAUUAUCCAUGGCAUCUCCCUCCUUACCAAACGUUACCCCUGAGCCGUCGGGAUUUGGUCCACCUCCGGACGAAGUCAGAUCCGGCGCCGUCCCACCAAUUACUGAGGCGUCUAACGCUGACAGGGGCCCCGCGGGCUCGCCGUCUUCGGCGAUUUUUCGCAUGAUAAGCAUGCGUGAAACACGUGAAAGUUGUGAUCUCUCGCCGAAGUCCUCCUACGUCAUUCUUCCGACCCUGACGUCAUCGGAGGGUGCUCUGAUCAACACACGAAUGGCGCAGUUGCUCAGUAACGACCACUCGAAGACCAGAGGUCUGGAAACCAGCUCACGUGGUCACUUACCGGCACUGAGUCCUAGUCCUUCCAACGAAGACCACUUCACUGACCAUACAAAUGAGCCAGUGAGAUUACCAAGCGUGCCCUCGGUCGAGUCGUGUCCAUCCAGAUCACCAACGCCAGUCAGAUCGCUUUCCCGAAGUUCACAAGUUGAAUUACCUCAUAUUGAUGGUUCCAGUACGUCUCUCGUCGGAAAUGUUGAACAAGCGUCAGUUAAAACCGACGAACCGUCGAACUCUACUGGUACAAAAGCACCACAAAAUACCGCAAAGCCUUCGAAACCUAUCGCAGCAACCAAGGUGCCUGGCAAACCGACCCCGUCUUCCAAGACAACCCCAGGCUCGAAACUUCAACCGGGCAAGCCACCUGUACGAGCAAAAUCCGAAAUUUCUAGGAAACAGGUUGCAGCGCCCACCUUCCCCCCGCGCAAGGGAGGACAGGUCCGCUCCUCUGUGGCGCUUGUCUCGGCAAAACAACCAGCUACCCCCACGCAUCAAAAGAAAUCUGGUGAGACAACAGACCCUGCCAAGCAGAAAAAACAAGAGAAACAGGGUAAACCGGCUGACACCGCCUCUCCACAAGAUCGGCCGGCAAAGUCGAAAUCCAUGGGAGAAGCAAUGGCGACGGCAAGAAGGAACUCACAGGGGGGCUCGCACAAUAAAGUUCGAAGACCAUCGGAUGUUGCAUUUCAUACGAGUAGCAUUGCUGAGCUUGAAAAAAACUUUGCCAAGCCUGCCAACCGAAAGUCCAGCACAACUGUCAAAUCACAUUUACAGUUUGGUUCAACGCAGGAGAAGUCAAACGCCCCGACCUCAAACGAUGCACAUGGAAUCGCAAAGCCCUCCGGUGCCAAGAAGUCUUUGCAAGAUGUUAAAGCGAAGCCAGCUCGGGACGCCCACGCAAAAUCCACGAAUGCUGUCCACACGAAAUCGGCCCCCGAUGAUAACAAAGCUAAGGGCGCUACGCCGUCGAAUAUUGAUCAUACAAAGCCGGAGAAGGACGAUAACAACCUCAGUGUCGUAAAGGGCCACGCAAAGUCCACGCAAAACGCACGCGUGAAGUCCACGCAGGAUACACACUCAAAACCCACGCAGGAUGCACAUGCAAAAUCCACGAAGAUGGCUAAAACGGAAGACAGGCCGGACAAAACCACAGAAAAUACUGAAUCGAAACAUAAAAAGGAUGCCGAGGGUUUGAAAAACUUCGACAAAAAUGCCACUGCAAAGCCGAAUAAGGAUUACCAGUCGAAAGAUUCGCAAAAGAGCAAUUUGACUGGUUUAAGUAUGAAAGAACUCAAAGAAAAGUCGAAGACUGUGUCAGCGACGGUAACCACAGCUAAAGAAUCACAAGAUACCUCAAAACCUUCUGCACAUCAAGAAGAAGCGAUAGUUAGCGCGCCGGAGAGUGAGAGUGACAGCGCUUCAAGACCUAGCACAAGUCCAAAACCCACGCAAAGUCCAAGUCCAAAACCCACGCAAAGCCCAAGUCCAAAACCUACGCAAGGCCCAAGUCCAAAACCCGCGCGGGCGUCUUCAUCGCCAACUUCCCAGGGCAGCAGGGAGGAGGACCCCGAAAAACCGCAGUCCAUGAGAGGCGCACUGAUAAUGUCUCCAGAUGUUGAAGAAUUAUUAAGGAACGGAAGCCCAGGAGAAAGUCAAAAAAGUUCAAGUCAUACCAUUCUUGAAAAUACGGAAAGUGAAACGGAAUUUUUCAGAAAAAACCAGAUAAAGAAAUGGGAUGAUUCAGUCGCGGAACCUUUAGUAGAUGAGACUGCCGAAAAUAAUGCUCGUAAGAAGUCGAGGCCUCGCGGAACAAAACCGAACGUUACCAAACCUAAGCCGAAGAAGCCAUUAGUGAAAAAAGCAAAACAGAGCGAAGACGAGGCGAAGGUUUCCGAUAGUAAAGAAAAAGUUGGCGAUGGCGCUACGAAGGUUUCCGAUAGUAAAGCAAAAGAUUACGAAAUAAAGCAAGAGUUUCUGAUACUAAAGGAAGAGAUUGGAUGGUACAGCAACCGUUACCGGUAGUAGUGCGAAAAC